UUCCCCUCCCUGCUAAGUGUUUACAAGGAACGUUUGGCAGCCUGCCCUCCCAACCCUAGUCCAAACCUCAACCCAGCCCUCACCCAGCCCUUCUGCAGAGCCAGCGAGGGUCAGGCCGGCGUGUAGCACACCAUGGGGUCCUCCAAGAAGAGCAAGGAGAAGGACCGGUCCCGAGAUGAGCGCAAGGAGAAGAAGAGGAAGAGGCGUUCGAGGUCUGGGUCCAGGGAGAGGGACAGAGAGGGAAGGCAUCAUCACAGGCACCACCACAAGCACAAGAAGCAGCGCACCAAGAGGCGGGAGGAGCGUUCCCCCUCACACUCACCCAGUCUGAGUGAAGACAGCUUCUCAGAUGUGGAACAGCUGCUGCAGAUCAAGGAUGAAGGGCCAGGUUUUCAUGGGAAGGCUGCUCCACCUCCACCCUCCUUGAAGCCCUCAUCACCCACAGCGCCAACACAGCCCCCUGCCGCAGCCUCCUCUGCCUCAGACGCUUCACUCUCCAUUGAGGAAACCAACAAGAUCAGGGCAAAACUUGGGCUUAAGCCUCUGAAGGUUGAUACAGUUUCUGUACUGAAGGAGGAAGAACCCGGCAAAGACAACAAGGAAGGCGUCCUUAUCAAGAGUCAAGGCGAGACCUUCGUCCACAAGCCUGCCGAGAGUCUGGCACAGAAGUUGGAGGUACAAAAACUGAGGGAGAAAAUUGCAGCACAGCGGGAGAAGCGGCGCAUCAAGGAGUCCCUGAGCAAGGUGAAGAAGCUUGGUGACUCAGACAGUGAGGAUGAGUCUGCCUCAGCUUGGGUCUUGAAGUCCCGGGCUCUGGCCAAGGAGAAGGAACUGGCGGAGAAGAAGAGUAAGAUGCUGGAGGAGCUGGAUGCCCAGUUUGGCAUUGGGGACUUAGUGGAGCAGGACAUGACUGAGCAGAAGAUGAAGAAAUACAAUCGCAAUGACUUGUCGGGGCUGCAGGUGCAGCACGACAUGAGCAGGUUUACUUCUGGCACCACCAUCUUGACCCUGAAGGACAGCAAUGUACUUGAUGGGGAGGAAGACACACUUGUUAAUGUCAACAUCAUUGAUGAUGAACGGGCAGAGAAGAACAUCAUGAGGAAGAGGGAGGAUCCUGACAAGGUGGAGUACGAGGCCCCGGAGGUGGACGCUGCCGGCAACAUUGUGCAGCGAACUCUGCUCACCAAGUAUGACGAAGAGAUCGAGGGGGAAAAGAAGAAGACCUUCCGGCUCGGCUCGGGUGGCCUGGUCAGCGCUCAGGAUGAUGUACCUGAGGCAGUGCGCCGCGUGGCCAAACUUAGGCGGCUGCAGAACCUGGAGAUGCCGCAGGCACAGCUGGCUCCUGAGUACCUCACUGAGAAUGAGAUGGUGAGCUUCCGCAAGGUGAAGAAGACCAAGAAGAAGAAGAAGAAGAAGCUGACGGUGGAUGACCUGGAGCCGAUGGAGGAAGAUUCCCUGGUGCACCUGGGAUCCAGACAGGCCCGGCAGGCCAGGAUAGAGGCCAUGCAAACUGAAGAUGGGGAUGAGGCGGCCGAUGAGGACAUGGCAGCCAGGCCCAGUGGUGGUGGCCGGUCCCUGAGCCUCAGGGAGCUGCUGGAGGAGCAGGACCAGGUGAAGCAGGAGGAGAUGGCUGAGGCAGAGGAGAUACCAGAGGCAGAGCAAGAUGACAUAGAGCUGCAGGAGGCACUGGCCCGGUCAAGGAGGGCAAAGAUGGCUCAGUCCAACCAGCCAAGCAGUGAGAAGAUCCUGGAGGUGGUGAAGGAGAGGAGUGCUGCCAAUCCGCUGGAGGAAGAGGAGAUGGUGGUGGAUGGGGAGGAGCUGCUCAUGACUCUCAACACCACAGAUGAAUUCUGCCGCACCCUUGGGGACCUGCCCACCUACGGCCUCUCAGGAAACCGUGCCGAGGAGGACCAGAGCAUGUUGCAGUUGCAACCUCCCAAGGAGAAAGAGACACAGGAGCCACGGGGAGCCUGGGAGGAAGUGGGCAUUGAUGACACACGGGUGGAGAUCAAUGACAGCAUGACCACACCCAUCUUGGAGGAGGAGCCUGAUGCCAGCAAGGGUGUAGCCAAUGCCCUCAAGUUGGCACUCAAGAAAGGCUACUUGGAGAAGACCAAUGUGUCCAAGUCUGCCAAUGCUGCUCUGCAACAUCUCAGGGCAAUACAUUACAGCAUUGAGGACAAGACCCUGGAUGAUGACCGAGGGCGCGGCCGAGGGGAGCGAUACAUGGGCCCAGUCACUGAGUUCAAGGACAAGGAUGGGUAUAAGCCGGACGUCAAGCUGGAGUAUGUGGAUGACGAGGGACGCAAGUUGAAUGCCAAGGAAGCUUUCAGGUACCUGUCACACAAAUUCCAUGGAAAGGGAUCAGGGAAGAACAAAACUGAGAAGAGGAUGAAGAAGUGGAAUGAGGAGCUACUGAUGAAGCACAUGAGCUCUUCAGACACUCCCCUGCAGACACUGGAGAGGCAGAGGGAGAAGCAGAAGCAGCUUGGGGCGGCUUAUCUGGUUCUGUCGGGAAGCAAGACCCAGGAAUCAAUGGAUGUGAAGAAGUGAAUGUGCUUUGGCAAUAAACUCGAAACUUUGGUACUUAUGAGGAGUGUGCCGUAUUCAAGUGUUUUUAUGUGAAUGAGUUUUAAUGGAUUCAGGUGUGACAUGAGCAAAUAUACAAGGAGCUCAUCUGAUUCAUAACAUUUAUAUUUUGGUCAUGACUUGUUGCAAAUGAUCCAAUGCAAAUUUCAUGUACAAAAUUCACAGUCUUCAUUUUUUUAAGUUUCGUUUUGUUCUGUAGUAUAAGAGGCUCCUGAAGUGUUUAUGUACCAAUAUUUAAAUGACAGCAGAAAUAGUUGAAAAGGAGAAGACAUGGGAAGGAGAAAAGGAAACACAUGAUAGAUGGCUGGGAUAAAAGAAACCAUAAGACAGAAUAGGAGAAUGUGAGAAAAUAUAACAAAAAAAUGUGUCAGGGGAAGCCAAAGUGAGGAGACCUGAGUACAAGUCUUGGAGCAGGAGAGUGAAGCUGGAGGCAAGCAGGAGUGGUGGUAAAUAUCUGCAACCAUUUUUUGUAUAGUUCAUGUCAGAAGUAUUUCUAUUGACAUCAUUUAUACCAGGCUGAUUAUAUUAAAAGCUUGAGUCUCAA